UUGAAGCACUUUAAGCUUAAGAAGUUAGUCCGUAAGGCGAUUGGCCGACACAAAUCAUCGUUGUCUACAACUGCUGACUCUAAUAAUGGAAACAUGGAUUUCUUAAAGAUCACAAAGGUUGAAAAUGUUACUCUUGAGAAAGGUCAGGCUACUACAAUUGGUACCCUCCAUUUAACGACGCAUCAAAUGAUUUUUAGACAGCCGUGUCAAAAAGACGAGAUAUGGAUCCCAUAUCCAAUUAUCCAUACUGUCGAGCGUCGUUCGUCCACUACAGAUCCUAA